CAGAGACUUGUUGCUAGCUCUCCGCCCAUGGAGCGGCCGAGGACAUCGACAUCCCGCUGGAGGGCCCCUUUCCCCCCGCCUGAGCCGCCUUUGGGGCUUGGUUGUGGAACCUCUUCUGCGGAUGCACUCCGGAGCUUGGAGCGGAUGUGGCGGUGGCAGGAGCUGCAGCUCAAUGAGGAGCUGCAGCGGAUGCACCGGCGGCACUAUCAGGAGAUCAGUGCAGCCUAUGGGAGGCUGAUGCAAAGAUGCGAACACCAGCAGCAUCUCUCAUCGCUGGCGACCAGGCACUUGGAGGCUUUGCAGCAGUUUCAACAACAGCAGCUCCAGCAGCAGCAGCUGCUUUGGCUGCGGCACUCCGAAGCCAGAGAGUUCCUACUCCGGUGUCUCUAUCCUCAAGAGGUCGAGAUGCUGGAGCCUGGCUCUUAUGAAGAUUUUGAAGGCUGAGCGAAGCCCGGCCCCACAUUUUCCCACGCAAGGGCCCAUCAUCUGGGCAGACGCGUUUCGCCGUGGGGUUGCUCGUGUUGGCAUGCUCAACACAGUUACAUGUUGGGCUUCGUGCUCGCCUUUGCGCGAUGUCAAGUAUCAAGUAUCAAAUGAAUAUAUCUCCUGGCA